AUGUUGCUGGCUGUGUUGCUGCUGCUGCUGCUGCCCCUCCCAGACCCCUGGACUGCCCACAGGCAUCCACUGUACAUGCACCUGUCCCCCAGCACCCUGCAAAUUCUGUCUGCCCAGGGUACUCAGGUGGUGCAGGCUGCCCAGAGGAGUCCCCGGUGGGCCAUAAAGCAGGUGUCAAUGGAGAUUCAGCACAGACUGCAUGAGUGCCAGGGACCCGGAUGCCUCAGGACUCAAGCCCCUCUCCUCCAAGACCCAACUGAGCCAGGGCCAUGUGGCAAGAGGCGCCCGGGCUCUGCCAACGUGACCAGGACUCAUGGCCGCAUAGUGGGGGGCAGCGCGGCUCCAUCCGGGGCCUGGCCCUGGCUAGUGCGGCUGCAGCUUGGGGAACAGCCUCUGUGCAGCGGCGUGCUGGUAGCGGCGUCCUGGGUGCUCACCGCGGCGCACUGCUUCGCUGGCAUCUCGAAUGAGCUUCUGUGGACUGUGACACUGGCUGAGGGAUCACAGCGGGACCAAGCAGAGGAGGUGCCGGUGAACCGCAUCUUGCCCCACCCUAAGUUUGACCCGCAGACCUUCCACAAUGGCCUGGCUCUGGUGCAACUGUGGACUCCAGUGAGCCCAAUGGGACCUGCGCGCCCCGUGUGCCUACCCCAGGGGCCUCAAGAGCCUCCCGCCGGCACUCCCUGCGCCAUCGCGGGCUGGGGGGCCCUCUUCGAAGAUGGGCCUGAGUCUGAGACGGUGAGGGAGGCCCGGGUUCCUCUGCUCAGCGCGGACACCUGUCAAAAGGCCCUGGGACCUGGGCUGCGUCCCAGCACCAUGCUCUGCGCUGGUUACCUGGCAGGGGGCAUCGACUCGUGCCAGGGUGAUUCAGGAGGCCCACUAACUUGCUCUGAGCCCGGCUCGCACCCCAGAGAAGUCCUCUUUGGAAUCACCUCAUGGGGGGAUGGCUGUGGGGAACCAGGGAAGCCUGGGGUCUACCCUCGCGUGGUCGUGUUCAAAGAUUGGCUGCAGGAGCAGAUGACUGCGGCCCCCUCCACUCGCGAGCCCAGCUGCAGAGAACUUCUAACUUGGGACUCGACGGAGGACCUUCCAGAGGACACCGACUGGCUCUAUGCGCGCCUGUGCCGGGGGUCCGAGCGCACCUGUGCACGCAUAGCGCCGGAGCAGUGCCUGCAGCGCCGGAGGCGGUGCGAGCUGCGCUCGCUGGUGCGCAAGCUGCUGGACCUGCUGCGGGUAGCGCAGGAGCUGUUCGGACCGCGCCCCUGGUUGUGGCGUCGGGUCCCUGCCCCAGCUCACCCUGCUCGGUCCCUCCGGGACCCUCUGGGGCACCCUACCCGGGAGCAGCGGCUGUACAUAGGAUCGCCGGUUGCAGCAACGCGGUUCCUGAAGUCAGAGCUGCGCUGGCAAACGAAGGAAUGCCCUGGGCUGGAGACCCUGCAACAGAAGUUGUCCACCAUGCAGGGAGCACAUGCCUGGAUCCUACAGAUCCCAGCAGAGCGCUUGGCCAUGAACUUUCAUGAGGUGCUGGCAGAUCUGAGCUCCAAGACACUGACAGGCCUCUUCAGAGCCUGGGUGAGUGUUGGCUUGGGGAGCCAGUGAGUGGCCUUCAGUGGCCUGGUGGGCCUCGAGCCUUCUACACUGGCCCACAGUCUACCCCGGCUGCUGGUGCAGGCCCUGCAGGCCUUCCGCUCUGCUGCCCUGACAGGAGGAGAGCCACAGGGACUGUGGAUGGGUGUGGAGCAGAGCCAGGGGAUGGAGAAAAAGGAGCACCACUCUCCACUCAGUCCUCAUGCUCCCCGAGCCAGACAGCCACAGGAAGGUCCCACUGCCCCCAGGGGCUAA